UUUUUCAUUUUUCAUUUUUUUUUUUUUUUGCUGGUCCUUCCCUGUAAUCAAAAAGAAAGAAAAAAAAAAAAUGUCUGCCCCCGUCGCUGCCCGCAGAUCCGGAAGAGUCAAGUUCUUCAACAGCCAAAAGGGAUUUGGUUUCAUUAUCCCUUCAGAGAGUACUGAAGCCAACCCUGUGGACGAGAUCUUUGUCCACCACACCGCCAUCCACAAUGAUGGCGGAUUUAAGAGUCUUGCAGAGGGUGAAGAGGUCGAAUAUGACAUUGUGCCAGGCCCCAAGGGCAUGCAGGCUGCCAAUGUAACUGGCCCUCAUGGUGCCUCUGUCCGUGGUGAUCCCAACAUUGGUCGCGGUGGCUACGGACAUGGCGGUGGUCGCUAUGGUGGCGGAGGAUAUGGCGGCGGAUAUGGUGGAUUCGGCGGACCCAACGCCUAUGGCGGUGGAUUCGGAGGCAUGGGCAACGCGCCUUAUGGUGGCCAGGGAGCCAGUGGUCAGCAGGGAUAUGGCCAGGGCUACCAGCAGCAUGGCUUUGGAGGCCAGGGAUUCCAGCAGGGUAACAGCCAGUUCCAGUACGGAUACCCUCAGGGUGGCUAUGGUGGCGCGAACGCAGGGUUGCAGGGUCAGCAGGGUCAGCAGCAGAAUGCACCAUCGUCGUUUGGACAGCCCUACGGAUCGAAUGCUGGACCCCAGGCGGCCGGUUGGAAUUCCCAGGCUUCUGGCGGAGGUCCUCAGCAGCACUAAGCAGGCAAUUGAGUGCGAUUGAACGCUUUUUUGUUUUAGCUGAUUCUUUUGACGCGCCCUUUUUGAUCCAUCUUCUUUCUGCCCAUCCUCAACUACCCACCUUCACCUUCCCUCCAUCCUCUCAAAUCCGAACCAUUGUUUUUUUUUGUUUACGAUAGUAAUAACAAACACAAUAUGGUCUCCAUGGUGUUGUCUA